AUGGGAAAGAGAAACAGGAGGACAGCAGAUAGUUCGUCCUCUGAAGAGGAGGAGGAAUAUGUUGUGGAGAAGGUUCUAGACAGGCGUGUUGUGAAGGGUCAAGUGGAGUAUCUUCUCAAGUGGAAAGGAUUCUCUGAGUAAGUCCAACUUUCCUUCUGACGUGGGCUUUGAGCUUUCUUGUUAGCAGAGCUCCAGGCAGUGCUUCAAAUUUAACUUCCGUUGCCCUCAUUCAAGCUUUCCUUAAAAACAAAAAAACCUUCAUGGGUGGGAGCUUGCUUUCCUCACUCCAGACAAGAGUGGCGUGCAUCCAUUUAAAUGAGUGGGUCACGAGGCGAGGGCCUGGGACCUUAAAGCGUGUUUUGGAAAUCCUGGCAUCUGCGUUCCCUCUCUCACUUCACAGAGUUGGUAGUUCCACUUGAGUUAUUCACCAGCACUAUUGUCUAAAUAGUUUUCCUCCUCAUUUGAGGUUUCUGAUUUGGGAGGGCAUUUUGAUCAAAUACUCUUGUGGAUUGCUUUAAACAGCUGCUUUGGAAAAGGAACGUUAAUCCUCUUCCCCUCCCUUCAGGGCUGUGUUGUCCAAGCACAGAAUUUGGUGCUGGGUGUGAAAUUUGAGUAUCCCAAAUAUCUCUGCUAUGAUUUUUGAUUUUGAUUUUUCAAAAAUACAACUUUCUAGCUGUUAAGGAUAUUAAGAUAAGCUUGAAAGUUGUCAGCAAAGGUUGUUGAAUCUCAGACACCGAGAUGAGCUGAGAAGAAUUUCCAGGAACCAAAUCAGUAGCUUCAGCAUACUUUGGCCCUCUCCACAAUUACCAGAAUUGAAAUAGAUUUAUGCAAAGCAAAUAUAUGCAAAAUGCAUAAUUUGCACAGGGUGCAGAGCUUAAGUUAACUUAGUAUGUCAUUUUGAUUGAUUUCAUUAUUUUUAAAAGCACAGCCCUUCUCAUUAGUCCCAGUACAAAAGAACUGCUCUAAAAAGGAUUUUUGUCGAUGUAUGUGUUUGUAUGUAUAUGUACCCUGGGUAUUUGUCCUGGGUUCUGGCAGCCGGUUUUACGGUUCCAUGAAGGACAGCCGUGAUUCAUUAUGUAAGAGUCCAGAUUUGAGGCCACGGUGUUUAAAUGGAUGCACACCACCUGAUUCUGGGAAGGCAAGUUAUCAAGCAGACACUGACACAUUGCCCUGCUGUGCAGCAUUUGAGAGGGUAUUUCUUCAUCAGCACCACAUCAAAAAAGAGCACUUUGGGCUUGCAGUGAUUCAGUUGUUCAAAAUGAUUCUGUGUCCCUUAGACCAUGCUCAGUUUGAAAAUAUAAAAGUAAAUAAUCUCCAAGGAAAAUAGCCUUAGAUCCAGCUCACACGUAAUGCUAAACUGUUAUUUAGUACUAUGUGGAUGAGCCUCUCUGAACCUGAGCAAAGUGUUCUGCUUGUGUGCUUUUGCCUUCUUUUUCCUUAUGUGGAGCUGGGAGGAGGACUUCUGUUUAGUUUAGCUUCACUGUCAAAGAACCUUGACUUAGCUUUACGUAUGAACUAGGAAUCCUGGCUUGCAGCUCACAGUGGUUCGUUGCUAAACAAAGCCAACCUCAAAGUAUGGGCUUGUUUAACUAAGAAUUGCUUUAAACUGGGAUCCCUGGUUUGUAUGCAACACUAAACUGAGAUCCUUUGAAAGCAAAACUAAACUUGCCAAAGGUCUUCCUUCUGGCUGAAGAAGAGGUGGGGACUUGAGAGGCUAACACUUUGUUUGGGCUUGUGGAGAGUCAGCCACAUAGCAGUAAACUGUGGUUGAGCAUUGUGUGGAAUCGUAACCAUUGCUUCAGUGUUUCAAUAUGCUUUUGCUGCAACCUGUAAUCUCAUAUACUGGACACAAACUAACCCAGUUAGUCUAAAGUGACCUUUUCCUCUAUUACCACCCAACUUUUUCCUUUUUGUUUUGUUUAAACAUCAAGCCUGAAAAAGGGCUCUUUGAAAUAUGAAUGUUUGCUCAUUUAGUUGAACCUAAUAAUGAUAUGAUUAAACUGUUCCUAUUUAAUCUGUGUUCAGUUAGUAUCUCUGGUAUUGUUCUUAGAACAGCUUGUAUCUAAGACAAGGCUAUAUUCUCAGAAAUAAAUCCCUUGCAUUGUAGGCAUUCUUGCAGCUAUGGUAUAUAGGAAGCCUGCCUGUACGUAAGUGACGGUGUGAUUAAUUCCUUUAUUAAAAAUAUCUCUAAAUGCUGCUAAUGUUGUUCCCAAUGUAAAUUUGGGGAAAUCUCUCAAAGAGUAUGUAACCCUUUAAACAAUAAUACCUCCUAGAACCAGGGCUGGUAAGAUGUUUCAAAUGCAAGUGUUAGAAACCAAUUUUUUUAGGAAACAGUCCUGUGCAAGGGUCAAGGUGGCCGGGAAGAAUGACAAUUUCUUAAGCAGCUGCAUUGGAUUUUUAGAAAUCAGGGCAAUGUUGUGCUUAGAAUUCUUCCCACUGCAGCUGAAACCAAUCCCAAAUUGCCACAGAAUUCUGUUUAAGCCCUCAGAGAUUCAAACAACUCUUACUCUGAGCAAUCCAUCGUGAGCAUCAGGUCUUCUGAAUUGGUUUUCUAAGUAUCCAGUCUUCCCUAAAAACCUGGAACAGUUUUUUCUCCAUACACAGAUUUUCUUGUGCAGGGUAAUUCUUCACUCAGUUCUUAAUUGAUGUCUGUGAUCACUAAAUGGGAACUUUUUCAACUUUUUUCUGUUUGUUAUUUUGUCCCCCACUGUUGUCCUUCUUUUACUAUAUCAGGGAGCAUAAUACUUGGGAACCUGAGAAGAACCUUGACUGCCCUGAACUGAUUUCUGAGUUUAUGAAAAAAUACAAAAAAAUGAAGGAAGGUGAGAACAAGCCUCGGGAGAAAUCAGAGAGUGCCAAGCGGAAGUCAAGCCUUGCCAACAAUACUGAGGACAUCAAAGCCAAAAAGAAGAGAGAGGUGAGCUUUUCGCCUUGGCAUUUUUCACUUCCAGAGGUUUGCCCCAUCUCAGUGAUUCCAGCACUGGAUGUAUGUGUGUAUGCCGGUGGCACUCAGUAGUUUAAAACUGCAUCCUAAGAAACCUUAGGAUUUUAAGUUUAAAAAUCAAGGACUUGAGAUGUUGUGUCCCCAGAGCAAAGCUUCAGGUUGGCUGUGCUUCAUUGUGCCAAUUUUCAUACCCCUCUCAGGGAAAACUACCCCGUAAAACAGGAUGAGCUAAUUGCCACCACUCAUUGUAAAGAAAAGAAUCGCUAAAAUAAUUAUGGCCUUUAAAAUAUAAUAAAGAUUAACAAUCAAGCAGGGAGCCUCACAGUACUAUCUAGAGCAGAUUAAGAUCGGAAGAAAUGCAAUUUACUGUUUGAACGCCUGGCUAAAGCAAAAUCCUUUUUAAUGCACUCUUCUAACUGUGACAGUAAACAAGCUCACAAAUCAACGUAGAGAGUUGUGUGUGUGUGUAUGGGAACAGCUUAUUUUUUUGUCAUUGUGUUCUGCUGAAUUUUCUGUCACUUUUCUUUGGAAGGAGUAGGCUUAACAUAAAAGAAUCUGGGGAGGGGGAGGGAGGGGAAGCAAUUUCAAGACCCAUGGUUCAGGAAUCACCUGCUAAGAAUGUACUGCCCAAAUGGCUAACCUCUGCUGCUGUAACAGCAGGGUGCUCAGAGCAGAUGUGCCACAGCAGGUAAGGAGGGGAAAGCUUGUUCUGAAGUUAGCCUCAUACGAGUUCUGAAGCCAGACCCUGCACUGAGUGAGGUAGAAUGGAUCUUUCACAACUCCUGUGUCCUUGCAGUCAAAGGUCCUCCUUACCUUUGAGAGGGUCACAGAAGAAGAAUAAGAUUACUUGGUGUUACGCUGAUAUUUUAUUAGGUAGUUAGUUACUGAAAUAUUAUCAUGUAUUUAACUUGUGAUGAAUUAAUAGAAUCUUAAUAGUUUUAUGGAAUUGUUUUGAUCUUUUUGCUAUUACUGCUUUUAAUUUUGUGUUAGCUGCAUUAGGCUUUCUACAAAAAUAUUAGAUAUUUCAAUUACAGUUAUGGAGGGGAGGACAUAAUACACCUCUUUAAACAACUGAGAGUUCUUUCCCAAUACAUAUGCAACAAGUAGAUUGGGUCACAGUUUUAUAACCGGAAGUUGAAAUUCUGAGUUCUGCAGUAUAUGUGUCUGGAAAAUCUUGGCAAAGAAAGAGAGUAAAUGCUGUGGAUAUAAGGGCAGGCCAGGUGGUGGCUUUGAAUGGUCACAGAUGUGCUUUCUGGUCACAUUCAUCACUCCAUGCAUGUUGGUCCUUCUAGUUUGUGCUGGUCAUUUGCUGCAGUUUGUAAUGCAGGCUGUAAUGAAUACAAAUCUAAUGUGGACCAGACAAUCUAUUGAUACUCUAAUAGAGAGAGAAAAGGCUACGUUUUCUUUCUCCUACUUCCAUAAUUCUAGCUUAGUGUACAGAGAGUGUGGGUAGCUAUGAUCUGGAUGAAACUUUAGGUGAAUGUUGCAAAGUUAUGUUCAGAGAAAAGCCUCUUUUGAGAUAGGCAAGAUAAAGCCUGUUGUAUCUUUCCUAGGAGUCAUUACUCCAUAUUUCAAACCCUUAUAUGAUUUUCACGAGGCAUGCAAGCCAAAAAGAAUUUGAAGGAUAAAUUCUUACAAUUCACUUAAAAAAUGCAAGCUGCCUCAGUGUGAUCAGGCCUGUGUAUACUCUGCUGAGAGGAAUCAAAAUUCUAUGGGCUGCAUCCAAAGCUCUGCUUCUGCAACUGGUCUUUCCCUUCUUCCUCUGGGCAGCCAGUACAAUGUGAAAAGCUUCUCCAAAAUGUCAGAGGGGCGUAUCAAAUGUUUUGGGCUGAGUCUUAUGGAACUGUAGUGGGAAGGGGCAAUUGCAGUUCAUCCCUCCUACUGCAUAAAACACAGCUCACAAUAUUUGAUAGAUUCCCCUGGCUCUCUAGAGAUGCAAGAGGGCAGGGAAAGACUGGCUGUGUGAGCUGCUUUCCACUCCUGUAGCUCAGGGUACAACCUAUGUCCUGUGUACACAAUACCAAUAUAUUUUCCACAUAAUUAAUUCUGCAAAUGACCCAAUGUGGGGCCCUGAAAUUCUGCUCCCUCAGUUCUUCCCACUUCUGAGAAUUCAUGAGGAAUUGUCCACACACUUUACUUUCUGGCUUAUCUUUGCAUUCUUACAUUAAUCUGAGGUUCUAAGGAUGAUGGUUUCUGUGCCCUGCUCCAUGCUUGCACACUGGGGCCUUCAAAUGACAGAGCACACACCGCUCUAUAUAUGAUGUUGUAAAGACAGUCUCUUGCUGACUUAAGUUACAGGUAUUGGAAAUACUGUGAAGGUCAAAUGUAUCACCUUGAUUGGUUAAAGCUUAAUGGCAUUUCUCCCCUUCAUUUUAAAAUUUGCCGAAUUCACUAGCCAAUGCAUGAGGAGACAUGAGAACAUGGGUUAUUAAAACAUCUUUAUAGGGGAAUGUGAACAUAUGAAAUUUGGUAUGAAUGAGGAUCUGUUGAGUGGCAUUUUAUGUCUUGUCUUUCCUUUCCUGGAGGAGAAAAAUCUUCUGCAGUUCUGUGUGUUCGUUAUUUUUUUAUAACCUUAUUUGAAGAAAUGCCCUGCCCUUUACAGCUGUGUCUGUACAAAAUUAUGGCUAAGUCACUAGAGAUUCAAACCUGCACUGCUACUGUCGGUCCUUAAUGAAAUCAUAAGGGGUAAUAAGGUCGUAUAUUUCAUAUCCAGCAGGUUAUCCUUAGUGCGUUUGGAUUACAGUUUUAUAACCCAUUAUGUAUUCUCCUUAAAGUUUGAGAAGUAAAACUGUCCACUGUGAAAAUGAGUGGUUUGGUUCCUGCCGAAACAUCCUGUCUCCUCCAGCAUUUUAACAUGCCACGAUUCCCCUUGGACUUAGUGCCUCAGGUUUUUAGGACUUGUCCAUUAGGGCCAGUUGCAGACAUAACACUUAACCGUAGCUAGUGGUAACCACAGUUUAGAAUCCUAUCAGCAGUUAAGAUUUAAAGCAUACAGUCAAGCGACAGUCUAGGCUCUGCCUCAGCAGUCAAAAUGCUCAGGUGCUGGGACCUAUGAACCAGCAAAGUGUCCACCACUGAUCAGACCACCAUCUUUGUAGACCUCAUGUUAAUGGACAGUGAGUGACAUUUUGGUAGCCAAUGUGGGGAUUAUGAGGUUCUGUUGCUCUGGUAACAUUUAUCAAAGACAAUAGCAAGUGGGGGUGCAUCACAGUGGUGGUAUCUUUGUUAAAUGUACAAGCCAACUGCAGCUAUUCUUACCACUGCCAAGAGAGGGGAACAGUGAUGAUGAUUUCCUUGGCAUUUUCUUCCCCAAAGGGGGGGAAAUGUGGGACAUGUUCAAAGGAGGCUGGCUAGUGUGGAUUGGAUACUGGUAGAAGGAGGCUCUGCUGCAUCUUUACAUAUCGCCUCUACUCAAGUGAGGCCUGGCUUGGGCAGAUUUCUGCUGGCACUUCAAUGCAUUGGGACUGAAUGUGCGGUGAUGAGUUAAAGGACAGUGAUUGCCUGUCGCGCUCUCUUGCAGUAUUGCUUCCUGUCCACCUUCCUUGGGCAACCCUAUUCAGAACAGAGGACAGACUACAUUCCAAGGUACAAACCAGACUUGUGCUGUCCUCCUGACAGAGGCAAUUGGCCUGGCAGUACCAACUUCAGCAACAAUGGCAUCCAGGAUGUGGGAGAAUGGUGGCAGGCAGGUAGAGGGUGUGUGUGAGUGAGUGAGUGAGUGAGUGAGUGACCGACCCAUGGAUUCACCGUCCAAGGUUUCACUUUCCCACUUGCCCACACUGCUCAAGUUUUCUCCAGUGUACCUGGCCUGGACUCAGUCAGCAGUUAGCUGUGCUGAGCCGCCCUGACUGUGUGCAUAGGAGGAAAGAGGGACUGUUCCUCCGCAGCUUUCAAUGGUGUCCUUUGUCUCACCUGCCUUCUUCAGGAGCCCCAGAUGCUCUUUGACCCUGCUCUGUUUUGCCUAACUGAGGGCAAAGCAACAUCAUACAAGUUAGCAUUGUACCAUUGGCAGGCAGAUGAGCCAAGGGCAUUCCUCCUUGACAACUUCUGGGCAAUUCUCAGCUUUUCACCUCCUGUUCAGGUGUUUCACUUCCAAUUCCUAGUACUACCCUCCCAAGUACCCUUCCCCAAGUUUGUAGACCAACGUACCCUAAACAGUGGCAUCUAGUAUUCCCUGUAAUUCAGGCCUCUCCUUCACAUCCCUGUUUUUUCCUCCCAGGCAUGCUUUCUUUAGAAAUGUUAAGGGGUUAUUUCUGCUACUCUUCUUCCUGUGGCUGUAGCAGAUUAUCGGCUUCCUCCACCCAUAACCAUAGAGGUGCUAAGACCCAUAAACUGAAUCAAUGCUCGUGUGCCAUCUAGGGACACACAUGGUUGCUCUUGCCCUGUUUGCUGAGAGAGACAGGAAUGGGGAAAUAUUAAUUGUGCAAAAAAUUAGCAAGAGACAUAGGAAUUUAAAGGGAAGUGGGUUAUCUUGAAAUGGUACAGGCAACUCUCAUUUAAGUACCUGCUAAAUGAGGUGCAGGGGAAAUUCCAAAUACACUUAUGGAAUGUUUAGUUGGGAGUUGCAAGCAAACAGGAAAUUAGUAGAGGAUGUCAGGUGCCUGCCACUGAGCACCUUCCAGCUGUUGCCUUCCCUGAGUUUGUGAUGGCUUUGAUAAACUCCAUUCUAGGAGCAAGGUGAAGUUUCAUCAAGGAUCUGUGGCUCCAGGCCUCUUAGCCACCUUGGCAAUACCUCAAGUGACACUGAUUCAUUCCAAAGAGUUGAGAGUGUUCAUUGUCAUGUUCAAAGUCUACUAGCAACACCACCCCCCAUGCUGUUCUUUCCCAUCCCCAACAAAACACAGGAUUUGUUUCAGAAGGUGUGGAACGAGUCAGAGAAAUGUUGGAACCCACAGCAGUACUAUUCCUUUGUCUGCAAUCCUGUGGCUUCUCUUGAAGCAGGCACUAAAUGGUAACUUCUUUAAUUUCCUUUUCCCCAUCCUAUUGGACACUUCAGAUGGCUUCUGCUCCAGAAUGGAGAUUGUGAGCUGCCGCUGCAUUUCUCCCUGCACUGGCUAGAGCAGGGAUGUGAAGCCUCUGGACCUCCAGAUGUUGUUGGACUCCAUCAGCCCCUGCCUUCAUAGUCAAUGAUUCAGGGUGAUGGGAGUUGUAGUCCAGCAACACCUGGAGGGCCAGAGGUUCCCCACCUGUUAGCAUGAGGCUCUGUUGUAGCCUUUCUUUGCUAUCUCUUAACAGCUAGAUAAAGAGAGCCAGUGUGGUGUAGUGGUUAAGAGCGGUGGACUCGUAAUCUGGGGAACCGGGUUUGCUUCCCCGCUCCUCAUAUGCAGCUGCUGGGUGACCUUGGGCCAGUCACACUUCUCUGAAGUCUCUCAGCCCCACUCACCUCACAGAGUGUUUGUUGUGGGGGAGGAAGGGAAAGGAGAAUGUUAGCCACUUUGAGACUUCUUCAGGUAGUGAUAAAGCGGGAUAUCAAACCCAAACUCUUCUUCUAAAGGUAGUCUUUUUUCAGAGCUGGGUUUGCAGACGUUCCUGCAUAUUCUUGCUCACCUCCAUGUCAACAAGCUCCCUGGUCUCCUUGUUUCACUACAGUGAUGCUUUUGUACCGUUUAAGAAGGAAUAGCUCUGAUCUCUCUGUUGAUAAUUUUUCAGCUCUAGCUCAUGGGCUGCAGCAGAUGUUUUCUGAGGUCUCUGCUGGACUGCUGGGACAGACGUAUCAGACAGUCACAAAUUGUAGGCACAGGCUGUUGCUGGUUGAGCCCACGGGUGCCAACUUGAAUAAAUAUUGUGGGGGCCCAGGUAAGCCCCACCCUGCAUAAUUGAUCACAUGACACAGUGCACACACACCAUUUGAAUGGGAAUGCCCAUCAACUGGGGGGGAUCAGCCCCUCAAAUAUUUUAUUGUGGGAACUGAAGCCCCCAUGGACCCUAGGAAUUGGCUCCUAUGGUUGAGCCAGAGUCCAGGCAUGAGGUGUAGAUGGAGGCUGAGUCACAGAUAGAAAGAGGAAGACUGUAAAUAUUAGUUUGGAAAAGAUCUGCUUUUUGACUUGCAGUAUGUCUACUCGGCAUUCCCAUCUCUCUGGUGUCGUGGCCUGCGCAUACAGGGAUGAAACCAUAGACGCCGUGACUGCGAUUAGCAAUCUUGCUUUAAGUCAUGCUUUCACAUUUUAGUUUGCAGCUGAUGAGAACCCAGAUAGUAAGGCUAAGGCCAUUUGUUAUGUUUAAUCAUGGUUAAGCAUCAUGUCUGCCACCAGCCUUGGAAGAGGCUAGAAGCUCAGUUCAUAGUGCUCCCUCUUUGGAAGCCAGUAUGGUAUAGUAGUGGAUGAAGCAUGGGAUUUGGACCACAGGCUCACUAGAUGACCUUGAGCAAGUUACUCUGCUUCUCUUAGUCUAACUUACCUCUCAGAAUUGUGAGGAUAAAGUGAGAUUGCAUUGAACUCCCAACAGGAUCUGCAGGAUAUAAAUGUGAUGAGCAAGCGGGGAGCUGGAAAGGCAUUCAAACAUCCAUCUAGCCCCGUUCCAGAGCUUAGGAUAGCUGACAACUAAACAUAUAUAUUUAAAAUGUUUUAAAUAAUCAACCACAUAUAAAACACAUCUUGUGAAAAUCCCAUAUCUGUCUGACCUAGCCACUGAAACCACAUCAAAAGAUGUGAUUUUCAAGAGAGGAAGUUUGCAGCGGUACAGCAUUAUUCUUUCUUGGUAUAUGCUUUGGUUAUCAAAGCUCAGUGCACUUAUGAUUGUCUCUGCACUAGAGCCUGUGGUGCUCUUUAAGGGAGAGGAACACAGGGAGGCCUGUGAAAAAGAUGGGUCUGUGUCUAUGUGUCAUAUAAGAGAUCCUGUAUCUCAGAUUAAGACUCUGUUGUGCAUUCCUGGCUGCUCACAGUUUCAGCAGUGUGCUCAAAGAUUAGUUGCGCUAUUGGAUUAUUGUUGUUUUUAUAUUUGUUGUUAACCUUUUUUUGUUUUUCUCAUUUUCUUGCAAGCCACCCUAGGAGUUCUACUGAAGGGAGGCAUAAAAAUAUUUAAAUAAAUAAGUGUAUGAAACUUUCUGUCGUGAGGGAGAUUUGACAGAGGUGGGUUGGUAGCCAGCUAAGUUUUACUUGAAGUGCACUCAUUGGUAUUAGCGAACAUGGCUAGGUUAGGUCCAUUAAUUUCAGUAUGUCUUCUCUUAAGUAAAACUUAGAUUAAAAAAAUAAAUAAACAAAUCUCCAUGUGCAGCUAGGCUGCUUGGUAAGGCAGAGUGAGACAGCACUGGUCUCAGUUCCAGCCCAGACUGCUUUUUAACUUAGUUGGUAAUCCAAGGCAAAACUAUGUUUAAUGGUGGCAUGUAACCUGUGUCUCCUCCAUGGGUCUCCUCCAGUCAUAUGUAAGGUGGGUGGGGCAUGUGAUUUUAAAGCACAAAAGGGGCAUGGGGAGAAUGCACAUGUCCUUUGGAUCGAAAUCUCUUUCUCUCUCUCUCUCUCUCUCUCUCUCUCACACACACACACACACACACACACACACACACAUUCCCCUCUUUUUAAAGCCAUGUGUAGCUUUGGCCCUUAUAUUGAGCCAUCUGCUAGGGUCUUGCUAAGCACUGUGACUGUUUUAGAGAUCACAGCAAAUAACAAUAGCUACUGGAGACUCAAUAGUUCAAAAGGAGAACACUUUUGCUUGUUUGUUUUGGCUAGCGCACUAUCCAAUUACUGUUCGCACAAGAGAUUCUCUUUACCCAACAAAUCUUUUCUUUAAAGCAGUUAUCCUUUUCUACCAGGCUGUUGGGAGUUGUAACAGCUAUACGUAGAUCUAUCAUGGCCAUCAGCACUUUGGGGAGUAAGACUUUUUUUAAAAAUGCCCAUAUACAUACCUGUUGAGUUAGAUAUUUGUUGUAAGGGCUCAGUAAUCUUAGUGGCCAGUUUUGACUAAGCCCCCACUCCAAUUUUUUUUGGGGGGGGCGAAAUAGGGGGCCCCCUCAUAUGCUACAAUUUUCCACACAAUGAUCUUGUUCUGGCCCUGUUAUGAGUUCAAUUUAAAGUGUUCUUAACUAAAGCCAGAGGUGAUUGUUAGUCCAAACUGUCCUAAACCAGGAGUUUGGUCUGGAUUUCUUAUGCAAUAUGAAGAAGCUGAGAAAUGAAGUGUUGUAUUAUAUUAUUACAUGAAUUGUGGGUUCAUUAGUUCCCCCAAGGUCCCCUAGAGUUGUCCUCUGUAUUCAGUCUGUUCUCUCUCUCUCUCUCUCUCUCUCUCUCUCUCUCUCUCUCACACACACACACACACACACACACACGCGGAGAGAGAGAUAGAUUUAUUUUUUUUAAAUUCCUCUUCUUCCUCUUCAUUUGGCAAUUGCUUUUAUUUCCUCGAAAAAGUCAAGCCGCCUGCCUCUUUGUUAACUGCUUGCUCUGCCUAGCCGCAUCUACCAGACAGUAUGUGUGGGCAACAAAUGUGUGGAUCUCCCUCAGAAUAGCGUGUGGCGGUGCUGCUGCUGCAAAGCAGGGAGAACACGCUCGCUCCAGGCUUGCAGCAACUGAACGCUGUUACCAGCCUUCAGAUGGUAUGUGCAGAGGGAGCUAACCGACCCUUGUCUGGGGCCCCGGCGGUUUAAGCUCUCUCCUUGCAAACAAAAAAACAAACCAAAAAAAGCGCCCCAACUGCAUGAAUGGGACACACCCAUUGACGGCACCGGCACAAAGACCUCGAGGACCGUGUGAGAGCCCGUAGAGGUGGUGCGCUCUGGAGCGGGGGAGGCGUAGCAGGGAUGGGGAGCCUUGGAAAUCACGAAUGGCUGCUGCUACUGCUGCUGCAGCAGCUGCAAAGGCAAGAUGACUUAAUUCCCUAGAUCUAUCCAUCGCUUUGCUAGCCCAUUUUAAUGGCGACUCUUUAUUUCUCUUCUCUCUCUCUCUACCUCUCUCCCUCCCCCCUCCUUUUAGGUUUCUUUCCCCUUUCCCCCUCUCCCCAAACAUUUCAUAAAGAAGAUAUGUCAAAGAAAAGAGAGAAGAAGAAAAGAUGAUAAGGCCUCUUCCCUCAUCUGCUAAUUACCAUCAAGCCAUGUACCACAUCUGUUUAUCACCUGAUUCUCGGUGCCCUUUGAAGCCCCUCUGCCUCAUGGUUGAGGGAGAUUAACAAAUGGCCAAAGAACGGGAGGAGGAAAGAAUUGUUUUUGUAACUGUCUUUCUCUUUCUCUGUCUUUCUUUCCACCAGAGCACCGAUAUUGCCAGGGGCUUUGAAAGAGGAUUGGAGCCGGAAAAGAUCAUUGGAGCCACAGACUCUUGCGGCGAUUUAAUGUUCCUAAUGAAAUGGUGAGUGUGCUUCUUUCUUCUUUUUUUUAAUAUUGACCCUGUUGUCUGGUUUUCCUGCUCUCGGCGGCCCUUCUUAAAGCAGCCAAUAAAUUACCAGAAUAGUCUAGGGUGAGGUGCUGUGGCAAAAUGGCCCAAGGACACUUCAUUCUGCUUCUCUGCUAAGGCUUUGUUUUCCCUCUGCUCUGCAAAAUGCUCUACACCUGGAGCUUGUAUAUCAUGCUUUGCAAGAUACACAAGCCCCUUCCCUUCCACAUCUCGGCCCCCCUCCCCGCCCCCCAAAAGAAGAAGAAAUACUAGAGAGCACAGGAAAUCCUCCUGGGAAGGUUUUGACUUGCCUCUUGUUUUUGCUCCUGGGCUUAUCUCAGCUGGAAGCCUCUCUGGCCAGAGAGAGAGAGAGAGAGAGAGAGAGAGAGAGAGAGAGAGAGAUGGCCGUGCUUGCAUAUGCAGCAGCCCCUCCCCCACCAGCCGAAACAAAGAGCUGGGAGUCUGGCUUAUCUGCCUGGCAGAGGUUAUAGCACAGCUGUGUUCAAGGGAGCUGCCUCUUGCUCCUCAACUCCCCUCCGCCACCCCCAGCCCCAGCCCCGCAAGAUUUCGAUACUGGGUCCUCCUCCCCUGUAGCAAUGCAGCAGAGAUAAUAAGCCCUUGUCCUGGGCUUUGCUGUCUCUGAAGCUGGCGGGGUUGAGAUGGAUGGUGCCUGCUCCUCUUGAGACAGGGUGGGGGAGGGGAGCCAGCUGCACAGCAGCGCCUUGGAGGAGGGGGCUGGAGGGAACACAGAGACAAGGAACGCGGGGAGAAGAAUUGGUCGCUUCACCUCUCCCUGGUUCAUUCUACCGCACGACCAAACGCCCUGGGUACCCAGGGGUAUUUUCUGGCACCUCUUGGUUGCGGAAAUACACCCCCAUACCCUGUAAGGGCUACAAUCCCAAACUGGAGAACUUCACCUUUGGUAAAUCACCUGUGUGGAACAAUCGCUGUUUUAAAAAAAGUCAUUUAUAUGAGGCCCAGGUCCAAUGGUAGCUUGGUCCCAGGUGAUGCAUCCAAGAAAGGCAAUGAUUAAUAGCUGAUGAAUAUCCAAUCUUGAAAUUUCCAGCUCACUUGAAUUCUGUAGAGCAAGGAAUCUGUUCAAUGAGACAAAUGCUUUGCAGAUUAACACGAUAUUUUGUAGACUGUUUUAAAUGUGCAAAGGUUAUUUACAGUGCUCAGCACCAUUGAACCCUGUGAACUAUUUUGCUGUGAUGCUGUUUUAUAAAUGGAAGCUGAGGUUAAGGGAAUGUGGCUUGUCCAAGGCUUUGGUUUGAGCCCUGGGCUUAUAGGUACACAACCAAAUUAUCCCCUGGAUCACAUUUGCUAUCAUUGGGUAAAUUAAUUACUUCAAAAGAACUAAUCUCUUUUUAGGCAGUGGGAAUAAUUUCUAUUGCAAAAUACUGCAGAAACAGAUUGUGAAGUUUAACAACACUCAUUUUAAUUAAUCUGUACUCUGCGUUGGAUCACUUUUAAAUCUUACCUUUGCAAUUGACAUCAUUCAGUGGUCAUUAAUGAAACGUGUUUGCUAUCUGGCAUUUAAACAAAUUCUAUUGAAUUAAGGUUGCAAUCCUGUACCCAUUUACUUGGGAAUUGGAAUUAAUGAAUUGCACUCAGUUGGGACUUAACAGUGCACCUUAUAUCUACUCAUAAAUAUUUUGCUAUAAUUACUUAUUAUAUUUAUUGCUUUUCUCAGAAAGGUAAACUCAAAGUGACUUUUGAAAACAAAUAUUAAAAACGAGUAAAAAGAACCUAAAAUGCUCACCAAUAAUAUGUAUAUUAUUUAGAUUGACAAAAUGUAAAACUUGAAUGAUUGUUUUGUUUUGGGGAUCUUGAGGCGAAGAGAAGUAGCUUAUAAAUUAAUAAAUAAUGUAUUGUUUAAGGAAAGGCAAUUUGUCAAUAUUUUAUUUUUCAUCAGCUUAAUAAUAAAAAGCAAGUAAAAGUCAGGAUUACCAGCUUCAGUUUCUGACGACUGUCAUGAAAACCUUUGCUUCCCAGGGCGUAACUGUUAAUGUUGGGCACAGACACAAGGAAAAGCAGUCUGCAAAUUUACCUUUAUCAAAUUUACCUUUAACAGUCCCCAGACUGUUUACUUGCUAUAGCCUCUCACUAAUACCAUUGUGUAUGUGUUGGGGGUGGAGGUUAACUGGCAAUGAAGUCUUGAGUUGAUUGCACCAGUUAAUUAAUUAAAAGGUUUGUAGCCCUAAUCUGUGCUAGGUAGCCUUUACCAGUAAAUGUCAUGAGAUACGCAAUGUCUAGCAACUUUGUAAUGCCUUUGCAGAAAGCUCAGGUAUCACCAGAAGCUUUUAAACUCAAAGCGAGGCAUAGAAAAUGAGAGUGGAUGGACAUCCAGGCUAUAUUGCCCAUUUCUGUUCUUGUUAUUGUAGUAUACUGGUCAAGCUAAAUUGUCCUCUUUGUAUACCCUUGCCUUACCUCUGUUUUGCCUUUGCCUAUCCCUAUUUUCUAAAAAAAAAAAAAAGAUGCUAGAUUACAAAGCAAGCUUACAUUUCAUCUCGUGUAGUUGUACAUUCUACUAUAUGAUUUCUUCAUCGGUUGCAUGCAGUUCCCUUGAGGAAAUGCAUUUUAAAAUAGGAAUCUCUAACAUACAGUGCAAGCCUCCAGUCCUGCCAAUAGAGUAAAGAAAGAAAGAAAAAUCCUGGGAGUUGACCUUUUGAAGCACAACAUUUUAAGCGUAAAUAAAUUGAAACAAAGUUAAGCUGAAAAAAAUAACUAAAAAGUUUGCUUAUAGUAGCAGUUUUCAAUAUGCUGUGCCAUCAAACGAUUGUGUGGACAAGUACAGGAGCCAAAUUCUAUGCUUCUAGAGAUCCAGGAAAACUGGGUACCUUUUUGUACUGUAUUUAGCCCCUAUUAUGUUAGGUGGAAACAUUUCAAACUUGGGCUGCCAUUUACCUUAGUCAACCAUUUAUCAGUUGCUCAACAGGAAUAGUUUUCUGGGUGGUGUAAAAAAUAAAAUCAGGGAUUCAUUAUUAAUCAAUUACAUUUGCACAGGGGUAAAACAAAAAAGAAAACCAUACGUCCUUUGAUUUAAAUCAGGGGUUUCCAACAUGGCAUUCCUGGGCAAACAUGUGCCCAGAUAAUCCUUUCCUCUGCUGCAAUCAGGCUUGAAAGAAUCAUUCAAUUUUUGUCAGUAGUAUUUCCUGCAGUGUGUGCUUGGUUGUGCUGUAUGUAAUGCACAGAUGCACAUUUUUAACCAGUUGGAGUAUUUUUAAUUGAUUGAUCUAACCAAUUAAUUGAUUGAAUGUUGGACUCCCACCCAUAACUGUACAAUUCCUAGAAAGAUUGAGGGGGAGACAUUGCUCUGUUGCUUCCUCUCCCCUCUUCUCAUCCUUUUGAUGGGAAAAGAAGUGCACAGUGUUGCUUUCUUUUGGCAACCCAGCCCUAAUCUUAAAGUCAGCUCUUGGAGAAGGGGUACAGCAGAGAAAAUUGUGUUUGUGCCCCUCAUCGAUCAGAGCAGGAAAAAGGGAGAAAUGCAGAGAUUUCUGUUUGAGUAUGCAUUCAAACACUGGUUAGAACAUCAGUGUUACUGCACUAGGAUUGGGUUCAGCAACUGGAAGCACUUGUGUCAGAUUGGGUACCCUAGGAGAUGCCAACCUGGCCCUCCAGUUAUCAACCUAGAGGAUUAAAGGCAACGGUGGCAAAAUAAAUGGUUGGCAGCCAUCCCUUGCUCCCUCCUUAAAGAGUCCUCCAGAAAGCCAGUUGCUGGCCAGGACAUUAAGUAGUAUAUAAUGAGAGUUGUCAAUCUUUUUUUUAAGUUGAUAAACCAUCUGUGCUUCAAUCAAUUCAUUGUGAUAUUGGAGGAAAUUUAAGUUUAAUUAGCCAUUUAUGAACAAAAGCUAUUAUUAUUAUUAUUAUUAGAAUUUAUAUACAGUGGUACCUCGGGUUAAGUACUUAAUUCGUUCCGGAGGUCCGUUCUUAACCUGAAACUGUUCUUAACCUGAAGCACCACUUUAGCUAAUGGGGCCUCCCGCUGCUGCCAUGCCGCCGGAGCACGAUUUCUGUUCUCAUCCUGAAGAAAAGUUCUUAACCAGAAGCACUAUUUCUGGGUUAGCGGAGUCUGUAACCUGAAGCGUAUGUAACCUGAGGUACCACUGUACUGCCCUAAACCUGUCUCAGGAUGGUUCACAGACUAAAAUGAAGAUAUAAAAACAAAAACAACAACCUAAUUAAUAGGAAAGGCCACCUUUCAAUAUUUUUCUUUUUCUUCCUCCCCCCAAACUUUUCUUCCGUUUUGUAAAAGAUACUACAACCAAAUCACCUUGAAAUGUAAAACAAGGAUGGCUUUAAUUCAGUCUCAUUGAUUAAAAAUUGCUCCCAUUAAUCAACUAAAGAUUUAGUUGAUUCGUUUAUUGAUUAUGCCUGUCGACAUUUGCAGCCUGUUAUAAGUAUUGCAUAUGUAUAUUUUGUUUAUAAAUUGCUUCUUCACUGAAAAGAAGUCCCUUAGUUGACAAUUAAUGUAUGCAACACACACACACACCACUGGGGUUGCAGUAGCUGCCUUCCUCCUCCCAGUUAAUUGACAGCUUCAAUGUAUCUGAAGAAGUGUGCAUGCACACGAAAGCUCAUACCAAUAACAAACUUAGUUGGUCUCUAAGGUGCUUUGUUGUUUGUUGUUGUUUAGUCGUUUAGUCGUGUCCGACUCUUCGUGACCCCAUGGACCAGAGCAUGCCAGGCACUCCUGUCUUCCACUGCCUCCUGCAGUUUGGUCAAACUCAUGCUGGUAGCUUCCAGAACACUGUCCAACCAUCUCGUCCUCUGUCAUCCCCUUCUCCUUGUGCCCUCCGUCUUUCCCAACAUCAGGGUCUUUUCCAGGGAGUCUUCUCUUCUCAUGAGGUGGCCAAAGUACUGGAGCCUCAGCUCCAGGAUCUGUCCUUCCAGUGAGCACUCAGGGCUGAUUUCCUUCAGAAUGGAUAGGUUUUAUCUUCUUGCAGUCCAUGGGAUGUCCCUUCAUGCAUCACUGCCUUGCCGUGGCGAAGGGGCUUGAAUAACUCUAAGGUGCUACUGGAAGGAAUUUUUCUUAUUUAGCUUAAAUACCGGUAUAUGUUUUCUCCUACUCUGGUGCUGCUUCCUUCAGGCAGGUUACUUGAGCCCAGCUCCCCUUUUUUCAUGUACCAAUCAAUUGGGGGGGGGGGGUGUGACUGCUUGAUCAACUAGUGACGAGUCUUUCUCUUGUUGUCCUUGCUUACCUCUUCAGGAAAGACACGGAUGAGGCUGACCUGGUUCUAGCGAAAGAAGCCAACGUCAAGUGCCCUCAAAUUGUGAUAGCGUUUUAUGAAGAGAGACUGACCUGGCACGCAUACCCAGAAGACGCUGAAAACAAAGAGCGGGAAGCAGUGAAAAGCUAA